AAUGAAAAUAGUUUAUUUGGAGUUUCAACUAUAAUCAUAAAAUCCAGAUAUGGAAGAAUGUUUUAAAAAUGCUUUUGAAUUAACAAAUUCAGAAAUUCUUUAAAGCUAGUUUGAUACAGCACUUUCUGGUUCUACAACAGUUCUUGCUUUAAUAUAAUAAAAUUAGUUAUGGACAGCUAAUGUUGGAGAUUCAAGAGCAAUAUUAUGUAGAAAUAAUAAUGGAUGGAAAUCUAUUCCAAUUAGUAGAGAUCAUAAACCAUCAGAUGAAGCUGAGAAAUAAAUAAUAAUUUAAGCUGGUGGUAGAAUACAAUGUUAAAGAGGUUUGAUAUAAAAGAUUAAAAUAUAAUAGAUUUUUUUGGAAAUAAUGUUGGUCCUGAAAGAGUUUGGCUUUCAUAUAUAGAUGCUCCAGGAUUAGCAAUGACUAGAAGUAUGGGAGAUAAAAUUGGUGCAGAAGCAGGUGUUAGUAGUAUUCCUGAAGUAUUUUAAUUCACUUUAUCAACAAAUGAUAAAUUUCUAGUAAUAGCUUCAGAUGGAGUCUGGGAAUAUUUAUCAAAUGAUGAUGUAAAGAAUUAAUUUAUUUUAUUUAUUAGGUUAUGAAUAUCAUUAUUCCUUAUUAUGAAAAGGAUGAACUCGAUUAAGCAGGAGAGAAAUUGAUGAUGGAAGCCAUUAACUCUUGGAAAAACAAUAGUCCAGCCAGAGAUGAUAUAACUUUUAUUAUUAUAUAAUUAAAUAAUUGA